AUGACACGAAGGCCCUACGCAAUUUGUACGACCACAUUCUCGUCAAUAUCCGCGGACUCGAGACUGGGUGUGCACAAGUCAUCCUUCUCAUCUAUGCUCUGCGACAUUAUACUGCGUGCUCUUCCACGGGACAUAGUCGUUCAGUAUCAUCGGUCGUGUGCCGUCCAGGUGGCAAGUGACUCGAGAAGUGAUGCUACACCCGUGGGACUGGAUGGUCUGCUCAACUUCCUGGGCAUUGAGCUGGAAAGCUUAGAGAAGAGCGAUUUCAAUGACGCUGGAAGACGAGAAUUCGGAACAACGCCCGCGGCAAGUCAGUUGACGUAUUCUCGCCGUGGGAAACCUACGUCAUCUGUGCUUCACAGCAACGCGGCAAGGGAACCAAAAAAGGACAACUGCGUCUUCUGCUCGUCCAGUCAACACAAAUCUGAACUGUGCACAGCUGAGUUACCACUGACGCAGAAAAAAGAACUACUGUCCAAUGACAAGAGGUGUUUCCGCUGCACCACCAAAGGACAUCGGGCACGGGACUGCAAAAUGAAGAUCUCCUGCUCGAGAUGCCAAGCGCAACACGCUACAAGCAUGUGUGAUCCCGACAGGUGUUCGCGGAAGACAGACUAUGUCAACAAGAACGACGGAAAAACUACGACAGUCUGCGCAUCACUUGGAAAACGACCACCAAAUGAAGGUUCCAUCGCUUGCGUCUUUCUCCAGACUUUCCGAGCAUGGGCCAUAAAUGAUGACACGUGUCGCUACAUACGAGGAGUUUUCGAUGGCGGCAGACAGAGGACCUUCAUAACUGAAGCCUUGUCCAAGCACCUUCAGCUGAAAAGUGUGGGAACUACUCGGAUAGCACUCAACACUUUCGCGAGUGCAUCAGACCAAGAGGCUAAGAGGCGUUGGAUCGUCGAACUGCGACUGCGGAGUCAGUUUUCCGACCAGGAGAUAGUCCUAGCAGCAAUAGAGAUCCCACACAUCUGCCAAGACAUCGAAGAGACAACAAUGGACGCAGCCUUCGUCGCUUCUUUCAAGAAGCUUGGAAAGGAUGUCGCCGAUGAGCUGAUACACCCAUCUGUUAUAACGAACAAUGGUAUCAGCGUACUGAUCGGUUCCGAUCAGAUGUGGAAAAUAUUGACCGGCGAAGUUUCAAGAUGCGAAGGCAACGAAUCCUUGAUUGCACUGAACUCCAAGUUUGGAUGGACCCUCCAGGGGAGCACAUCGCACUUGAUGUCUCAAACAACAGCUACACGAAUGAUGGUGUGCGUGCUCAAAGUUCAAGCUACCGAUUCCGACGAGUUUCUGCGUUCCUUUUGGGAACUUCAGAACAUAGGAAUUACAGACACGAUAGGCAAGCUUCCUGAAACGAGCAAGACCAUGAUACAAUUUGAGAAAACCAUCAGCUUUCGCAACGGAAGAUAUGAAGUGGCCCUCCCUUGGAAGGAUGGAUUCGAGCUUGCAAGCAACAGGCAAGUCGCCAUUACUCGACUAGAAAAGCUUGUCAACCGUCUCAGCGCCAAGAAAGGACUGUUCGAAACGUAUGACCGUACCAUAAGAGAGUACUUGCGGGCAGGACGCGCUGAAGUCGUCAGUGACGCACCUUCUGACGUGACAAAGUUAUAUUAUAUGCCGCACAAGGAAGUCAUACGUGAACAAGCGCUGACCACGAAAAUUCGAGUGGUGUUUGACGCUUCGUCACAUACCAAAGGAUGCAAGUCACUUAACAACUGCCUUGAAAAAGGUGACAACUUGUAUCAAGACCUCGUGCAAGUUUUGCUACGCUUCAGAACGCACCCGGUGGCAAUGAUCGCAGACAUCGAAAAGGCAUUCCUUCAGAUUUCGAUACGGGAACAAGACAGAGAUGCUUUCCGCUUUCUCUGGUUCGAAGAAGGAGAUUUAUCCAAGGCCAAGUUACAAGAGUGGAGGAUGACACGAGUACCUUUCGGAGCCACAUGUAGCCCAUUCUUGCUCACAGCUACCAUUCUUUACCACGUCAAAAAAGCAACGGCUGCCAUGGCACAAACAGCACAAACUCUUGCUGAGUCUUUCUACGUAGACGACUUAGUCACUGGUGCCGAUACAGAAGAGGAGGCCGCUAAACUUUACCUUGUGCCUUUAUGA